AUGUCUACAGCAAGGACGCCACUUCGCUCGUUACUUAGAGCGUCUCAGCUUCUGAGGUCGAGGCAUCUGUGGAACUGUACAUCCCGCAAACAUGGGUGGGCAACAACUCCCCGACGCGGAGUUGCAACUACGCCGCAAAGGUCCAACAAGCCUUACUAUGUGACCACGCCAAUCUUCUACGUCAAUGCCGCGCCUCACGUCGGCCAUUUAUACACAAUGGUGAUUGCCGAUAUCAUGAAACGGUGGCAGGUCUUGCUUGGGAAUACGGAUGCUCAGCUAUUGACCGGAACCGAUGAGCACGGGAUGAAGAUUCAACAAGCUGCAAUCCAAGCGGGCAUGGAUACCCAGGCAUUUUGCGACAUGAACUGCCGAACUUUUGAGGCCCUAGCAAAGGCCGCAAACAUCGACAACGAUCAUUUCAUCAGGACCACGGACCCAGCUCAUCGAGAUGCCGUCCAAUACUUUUGGGAAAUGUUGCAACACAGGGGCUAUAUCUAUACCUCGAAGCACGAAGGUUGGUACUCAGUCAGCGAUGAGACAUUCUACCCACAAACGCAAGUGCAGAACUCCCUAGAUCCAUCAACUGGGAGGAAACGCAUGGUCUCAAUAGAAACGGGUAAAGAGGUAGAGUGGUCCUCAGAAACCAACUACCACUUCCGUCUUUCAGCCUUCAAGGAUCGCCUACUUGACUUGUACAAAAGAGAAGAUCCGUUCAUCACCCCAACCUCCUAUACAGCUGCUGUGAUCAAUGGAGUCGAGUCGGGACUACAGGAUCUCUCGAUUUCUCGGCCCACGGAACGUCUGACUUGGGGCAUCCCUGUUCCCGGCGAUGACACACAGACAAUCUACGUGUGGCUAGAUGCAUUGGUCAACUACUUGACCAAAGCUGGAUAUCCUUUCCCACCUGGACAAGAAAACACAUCUGCAUGGCCUGCAGACUUGCAUGUAGUUGGCAAAGAUAUUGUUCGAUUCCAUUGUGUUUAUUGGCCCGCUUUCCUCAUGGCACUGGAUCUCCCCCUGCCUCGGAAUGUCUUAUCCACAGGCAAUGUUGUGAACCCGUUUUUCGCCAUUGAACGGUUCGGAGUCGAUGGCAUGCGAUUUUUCCUAGCGUAUCGAGGUGGCCUUGCAGAUGAUGCGGACUUUGACAAUUCCUUUAUCAUCCGAGAUUACAAGAAAUUGCUUCAGGGAGGCAUCGGAAACCUUGCUCUGCGUACAAUUGGAUGUGCGCGUGGCAAUUUGCACUCGUACAUUAUGGACGCCCGAUCCAAUAAGCUUCCAGCUGCUACCCCUGAAGACCUGGAUCAUCAGAAAAUGUUGGAGCAGACGCCUCCCAAGGUUGCCGAGUUUAUGGAGAAUCUAAACCCGCGUGCCGCGCUACAAGAAACUAUGAGCAUUAUCGAGAAGACUAACAAGUACUUCCAUGCGGCGGAGCCGUGGAAAACUUCCAACUCUCGCGCGAUCUACAACGUGGCGGAAUCGCUGCGGAUCGCUGGCAUUUUAUUGCAACCGUUCAUGCCCGGCAAGUCUCAUGAUCUUCUAGAAUUGCUCUGUGUAGACACCUCGGACCCCUCCAAGCGGGCAUUCUCGGCCACGGUGUACGGUUCGGAUCCAGAUUACGGUGAGGGCGUUAAGAAAGGUAUACUUUUCCCUCCUUUGCUCACUGAGGAGUAA